GGACGGAUGGCGAAAACUUUGCGCAGCCGGCGCGCGGGGCGGCGCCGUUUCUUUCUUCGCCAUACUUGCACAAAACGCUCAGAGCAACGAACGCACUUACAUCCUCCUCAGCACCACAAAGUCUCGGCUUGUCGUUUUUUUUAUUUUUAGAAUCAAGUCAUGGCUGAGGAUGACGUGACUCCAGAGCAGCUAGCAGCCAUCGCCGCCGAGAAUGAAGAGCCAGAGCCCGUCAACUACAAGCCGCCGGCCCAGAAGUCGGUGAAAGAGAUCCAGGAGCUGGACAAGGACGAUGAAAGUCUACGCAAAUAUAAAGAAGCUCUGCUCGGCCCCGGAAUCGGAGAGGCUGAUCCGAAUGCUCCCAACGUCCAAGUGACCCAGAUGUCCCUCGUCUGUGAGACGGCUCCAAACCCGCUGAUCCUGGACCUGCAAGGUAAUCUGGAAGCGUUUAAGAAGCAGGCUUUUAUACUGAAAGAGGGAGUAGAAUACAAAAUAAAGAUCAGCUUUAAGGUAAACAAGGAGAUAGUUUCAGGUCUGAAGUACGUGCAGGAGACGUACAGGAAAGGAAUGAGGAUCGAUAAAACGGACUACAUGGUGGGCAGCUACGGGCCUCGCGGGACCGAGUACGAGUUCUUCACCACGGUGGAGGAAGCGCCCAAAGGCCUGCUGGCUCGCGGGAACUACGUCAUCAAAUCCAAGUUCACCGACGACGACAAGCACAACCACCUGUCCUGGGAGUGGAACCUCAACAUCAAAAAAGACUGGAACGAUUGAAAGAGGCCUUUGAGUUCUUCUGAAGGAGGGGUGGGUGGAGGGGGGGUGUCAUAAGGAUGUUUAAAUACCUCACACCCCCUCCACACACUCCCAGUGUCCCUUAAUUCUCCUCCCAUUCCCGCCCUCAUCUUCACCACGUCUGCCUUCUUCAUUUUUAAGUUGCAUCUCAUGCCUUCGCCGCCGCCUCAGUGUCUUAACGCCCCCUUCAGUAGUAGCACCCCCCCAUCCUCUACCUGUGCAUCCGUCCAUCAACACUAAACUGUGCCACCUCGACUCCUCCAGCCCACGCCUCGUUUGUUUGUUUUUCGCUGCUUGAAGAGAUUAACCCCGCCCCCUCGCCUCCACCGCCUCCCCCCCAAUUGUCUUCCUAUCAGUAUGAAGUCCAUGUGGAAAAGCAACCGUACAAUCAACUUUUGUUUGCCUUUUUUUAUGAUAUAUAUAACCGUAUCAGUGGACGUAUAGUGAGAUUGUAUUCACCUUAAUCAGCUGUCGUGUUCACCCCGUACCGCUAACGCCGGGUUCACGCCGGACACGCUUCCAUUCGGCGCCCUUAUUAACCUAUGGUUAAGUUCCCACCAGACAGAAAGCGCUGCGGUCCUCGCCGGGCAGCGACCGUUUUGGCAAAAAAAAAAUCUCUAGCCGGAAGCAGAAAUUUCUCAACUUCAAGAAAUCAGGAAACUUUUCAGAACAUUCAGCUUUUAAAUGUGAAUAAACCGUAACUGUCUCGCAGUUUAGAGUGCAAGAUGAGCUUCAAAUGGGACAGAGAACUUAAAGCGUUUUAUUUCUUGUCAAAUCAAUAUUAAGUGUUCAAAUUUGUAUGGAGAAAGUGACGUUUUUUCCCUGUGAAUCAGCUGAUCAGUUACGUUAUAUCAAAGGGAAAAAUGAUCGAAACCUUAAAAUUAAAGAUUGGAGGACUUCCAGCCAAUGAUUUCGGGCACAAAUUCUGAUUUUUCUUUUUUUUUUUUUGUGACUGGCUCCGGCAUGGGGAGGGACAUUCGGCUAUUAAUUUCUCAGUGGCCAGAUUCUCUUGAUUCCUUUACGAGUGAUAAAUUUUCAAAAUAUAACCAAUUUUUAACAAUAAAAUACCCCAAUUGACAGACACGAUCAUAUUUUUGUAUCUAAACAGAACGUAGAGAUGAAAAAAACAACUCAAAAAAAUGUAGUGGGCCGACUGCAGCGCAGAGAACAGUUGGCGACAAUUCAAGAUGGACGAUGUUAAAUUAAUUGCGUCUGGUGUGAACUGAAGGUGAAGUGGUUUCGCGCGCUCUGCUUCCGGUGCGAACCCGACGCAACACUCUCUUUGGUAUAACCGAUAAAUGCCUUGUAACGGUCGAUUCGGAGCUGCUUUCCCAAAUGUAUUCACUCCCCCCCACGCUUUCAAAUGGGGGCGGGAGCCAAAGCGAACAAAGGUUGGAAGGUUUGAAGACAGCUGCCUUAUGUCUAAACUUGUGCCCUCUGCACAGUCUGACCCCUCCAGGCGUAAAGUCUGGCCGGUGCUUCGAGGGGCUGAAUGUUCACAGAAUUAGGCAAAUAUUCUUCUUUUUGGUCCUUUGCCUUAACAUGUUACUUCUACAUAGUCCCCCCUCCCCCCGUAUGUCAUUUCAGUCAGAAAGCCUAAGGUGAAAAGAAGGAAUCUGAGGAGGCGGAGCCAGGCACCGCCUCCUGCUGCUACUUUCACAGACCUCGGCGGUGUCUGGUCCCGUGCAGAGAGCCGCUUAAGUAACACUAUCACGACCUCCGCUGGAACUCGUACUGUACCCGAACACAUAACUCUGAUAGUAUUCCUGCGGCAUACAUUCCUUCCCGUUGUACAGUUUCUAUGAGAACGCUGGCAUGCUGGUGGGGGUCGUGUAUUCUUUCAUUUGUGGUUGCUCUUCUUAAAGUCAAUAAAGAUUUUGCUCAACUUGU